AUGUUUUCUCGUGAAGGCUUCACCCUCGACGUCGUGGCCCGAAACUGGAUUCUCACUCCCACUACAACGCUCCCGCUGGCCCUGGGCCUGGCAUGGGAACCGCUCUUUUCUCGACUGGCCCAACGGAGCUCGCGGGACCGGGCGGCAACUAUCCGCUCCCGAGUCUACUGGCUCGCCGCCGCAAGCCUCGUCCUCGCUCUCAACGACCAGCUCAACAAGCAGACCGCCAAUAACUGGGUCAAACUCAUCGCCAGGAAGCCUCGCACGCGCUUCGUCGUUCUCGACUACGUUCCACUGUCGUGGACGCCGCCGCCUGGUGCAAGACUACACUUCUACGAGUGCGACUUGAGCGAUGCCUACGCCAUCAAGAUUAUGUGCGACCGCAUCAAGGCCGAGGUCGGCCAUCCUACUGUUCUCUUCAACAAUGCCGGCUUGGCCCGGGGGUCGACCAUCAUGGAAGGGACGUCCAACGACGUGCAGCUCACCCUCAAGACGAAUCUGAUUGCGCCGUUUCUCCUCGUCAGGGAAUUUCUGCCGGAGAUGGUGCGCAAGGACCAUGGCCACAUCUUGAAUACGGGCUCCAUGAGUUCCGUUGUCUCGGCCCCUACCAUUGUCGAUUACUCUGCUUCCAAGGCUGGCUUGACGGGUUUGCACGAGGUGUAA